GGAGCGCUGCCAGCAUCAAAGCAGCCCGUUCGGCCUCCGCUCGUCUCGGUUCGGCCAUGGAGCCCAACAAAUGCUCGUCCUUCUUCCUUGCUCUGGCCGUGAUCCUGGACGUGGUGGGCUUCCUGCUUUUCCUCGUUGGCAUCUUCGCCUCGCUGAGGUACUGGGACUUCUUCGUGUUUUCGGGACCCUUGCUGAUCUUCCUCAGCCUCUUCCUGUGGAUCUUCUGGUACAUGGGCGCCCUGGUGGUGCCCGAGGAGGAGCUCGACCUGCCCAAAAGCGACAUCCUGUGACCCCUCUGGAUGGGGAGAGACAUGGUCGCUUGUCUCCUGGAUUCAUCCGACGGCAGGACCACCGGCAGGUGAGCUCGAAGCGUGCUCGUACGAGGACGUCACCCCGAACGUCCACCAGACAGAAAAAAAAGGAGAAUGAAGGAUACAAGGAAAGGUUCCAAAACUUGGAAUGAAGGAACAUUUUGAUGGGUCUCCUUGUGACAUUUAUCACACUUGACUCAUUGGCAGGAACAUUCCGAGAUAUCUUUAAGAUAGAAGCAAAGACCUUUUAUUAAAUCAUUGACAUAGGGAAGGAAGGGGGAUCCCUCCAUCUGUCAUCCCGUCUCUAGUUUUCUUUUUUUCACCUUAAUUGGGUUGGGUUUUUUUCCAUGGGGGUCACAUAGGCAAUUUAAUGUUUUCUGUGAAAAUGCACCUUACACUGUUGAAAUGUUCAGGGGGCACCUAGAAAUGUCCUUACUUUUGGAAAUAAAAGCAUUUAUUUUCAUUUUGCUUUUAACUACGUCUUGACCAAGGAUGUCAAACUCAUUUUCAUUGCAGGCUACAUCAUAGUUAUGGAAAAAUCAUAGAAAUCUCAUCAUAUUAUGCCGUCUACUGACUGUACACUAUUGCCCCUGCAUGUCACUGUUAUUAUAUAUUUUUAACAGAACAUUUUUGUUUGAAAUCAGAAGUAAUGGAAAACAGUAAAAAACAAACAUAAAUACUAUUGUUUGAAUUAUGUUAAGAAAGGAUUUGGUGGGCAAACAUUUUUUUGUACUAUUUGUAAAAGGUGAAGAAAAAUUGCAAUUUUUGCAGAUUUUCUACAAAAAGUAAAAUCAACAAAUAUAUUUUGAUUUGGGUUAGUGGGCCAAAUUUUUUAACAAAAGUUUAGAUAUGUAUGCAGUGCUGGCAAAUAUUAAAAAGACCUAAAACAUGUCA